AUGCGUAGCCGACGUGCAAACGAUCCAUCACGCAGACGCGUGACGUCAAAGCAAGAGGCAGCUCGGCUGCUGCAGUCUCUUGCUGGCAACACAUCAUCUACUGCAACCUCAGUCAUCAGCCCAAUUUCAUCUCACACAGCAGACGAAGAAGGCAAAGACUUUAUACGGGGGACGCUUGCAGGAAGUUCGGCGGCGAAUACUCCAGCGACAACACCGCCGCGGCGGCUGCGCAGACCCACCGCAAACUUACCGUCGACCUUAGCUGCGAAGGCGGAAAUAGCGGAAUCAGGGUCGUCGACCACGGCCCAGCUGUUGCAGCACCUACAGCUCACAUCCUUUGUGGGGCGCAUCACGGAGCGGGUCAAGGCGUGGGCGUCUUCCCUGGCGGAAUGGGGGCAGCCGACUUUUGACCCUGCGCUGCGGGAGUGGGGGCAGCAGCUUUCGAUGUCCCUGCGCAGGGACUCCUUCGCUGACUGCACCGCCGUUCAGCACGCUAUGCAGCAGCGGUAUGAGGACCAGUUUGGCCACAACCGUGAAGACGUCGCCUUCCUCACCCUUUACGCGCGUGUGCUGGUGAACAACGCGAUGUUCUGCCUCACCAGCUUCGAGACGUACCGCACCACGCAGCUGCUGUGCGAGGCGGUGCACGUGUCCAAGGAGGCAUAUUUGCUCCAACGUCGCCUGGCGCACGACAAGGCUCGUGGCGAGACCGGGACAUCCACAGCGGCUGCGACGGCAGAUUGUCCCCAGGAACAGUGUGCCGUGGGUGACCCGGAGUGCCACCUGUUUUUCCUGCGCGUGCUCCUGGCCAACGCAUAUGCCAGUGAUCAGCAGUACUGGAAAGCGGUCGAGCAGUAUCAACUGGCGCUGUCCACGAUGGAGCGCAAUCCGAUGUGGUGCCCGGGCCAGGUGGCCCCUGGUUUGGUGAGCCCGUUGCCAUUCAACCACACAUUGGUGACAGAGGACGCAAAGCUGUUUUACGAGGACAGUGUGCGCGUCGACCAUGCCAUCUCUCAGGGUCGCGCGCAAUUACUGCUGCUCCAGUCGAAAGGGUCCACCGCAAGUUCGGCACGGCUGCUGCAGGUGCAACUAGCAAUGGCACGUUUGCACCGACACGCUGGUCAGUACGCGGAGAGCCAGAACCUCUACGAGAGCUACCUUGACGGUGUGACGGAGCACAUGGAAAGCGAGGACGUCGGCGGGGCCAUGCUGGAGCUGGGCCGACUUUUACUCUACAAAGUGAAGAAUAGCGACGCCGCUGUGAUCUACCUGGAGGCAGCCUCGAGCAUUCUCCUCGAAGACGCUGAGUCUCUGCUACUGGCGGCCGAAUCCCACGGUGAUCGUAGCGGUAGCGACCGUAGCAAAGAGGUCACCUCUGCAGAGGCGCGCAUCGCUGCCGGCAACGCAGCGCAUCGCGCAGCUGGCGGUCUCAUCGACGCUGCCAUAGCGUUUCAUGCCGUGGGCAAGACGGGCCAGGCCAUUGGGCUGCUAGAAGGGUGUUUGCAGCUGCUUGACCGUGCCAAUCUCGGUCUCAUCAGUGGGUGGGUGCGGAGACAGUACGCGGACAUGUUGGCUACUGUCGCUCUCGUCGAUCGUGCGCUUGAGGAGUACAGUCGUACUAUUGAGCUGCUGCGCGACGGCUGCGGCAACUCCGUUGCUCAACUCGGGAUGGCCGGCGAGAUGGUGCCUCUUCACUCCGCGGAGGUGGAGGGUCAGCUGGCUUUCUGCCUCCAGACCUACGUCGGCGACCACAAGCGGGCCAUAAAGCACUACCGCAACAUCGUGCAGGGGUGGCACAAGAAGGAUGCGUCGGUGACAGGCGCGCAGGUGCGGCUGAACAAGCGCGCCAGGCGCCAGCGCGCUGCUGCUGCUGCUGCUGCUGCGGUCACUUCCACUGCCGCAGGCAGCAUGAGUUUAUCGGACGGUGCCACUUUUACUAGCGGUCAGACGCUUGCCGGGUCUUUUCCUGCGUUGCCGCGGGUCGACUUGUCUUUUCAACCGGACAUGCUGCACUGGGUGCUGAGCAACUACGUGGCGUGCUGCGAGCGCGUCGGUGCCUACGCAGAGGCGAUUGGGGUGCAGAGCCGUCUCAUCGAAAUCGAGGGCGCCUUAGGUGGUGGCGUUGUUGAGUCCUACCUGAAGCUCAUUUCCCUCGCUCGACAGGCCGGUGACAUGGAGAAGACGCUGGCGCUCUGCUUUUACGUCUUUUUUCUGCCUGACAACAUGAUGCCAAGCGAGACACGACUGAGCAUUGCAAACAGCUUCGCUUCCUGUUGCCAUCGGCUGGGGAACAGUCGCAUGGGGUCUGUGCUGCUGCAAGCAGUGCAGCAAGUGCGCGGCGACCACGACUCCUGCUCGUUGGCGCGAUACGCCAUGGGUCUCAAGACUCUGGAUCCCUCUGACCGCGUGCACCUUGAUGGUGUGGACAUCGAGGCGAGUAUUAACUCUAUCGGCUGUGUCUUCCGACGGGCUGCCAGCAUUGUUGUGGCUGAUAUGGUUGUCAACAGCGUCGAGGAUGAGGAGAAGGCCUCUCGCGAUCACUGCAGAGCAAGCGGCAGUGGGAGCUGCGUUGCUGAGGCCGUACUGAAGGGUGCCGGCAAGGAGACAUCGAUUUCUCCUUCGGCAUCCCCCUCUUUAUGGACGCAGGAGCGCUUGGACAGUGCGCUGAACGGCCUCAUCGUGCUCAGCCGCGGUGCCUUCUUUUUUCACCAAAACCGGUUCAUGAAGGAUGCGGAGGAGCUGUACGCCUCUGCACUGCAGCACGUCGACCACAUCAUUGCCUCGGUCCCGGUGCUAACGGCGAGGUACGAGCGAGAGAUGGGUAUCUUGCUUGUUAACUAUGCUACGCUCAAAUCUGCGACGGACCCAAGGCUGGCGGCCACUCUUUAUGAGCGCGCUGCGGAAGUGUGCCCGACGUACCUGGAGGUGGCGGAGGUGGUCGCGGAUGUCUUUGUGCAGUCCGGUGACUACACCAAGGGUUUUGCGUACAUGAAGCGCGUCAUCCGCGCGAACCCGUCCGCCGCAACUGAAAUGCACAUGCGACUGGCACGGCUCGGUACGGGUACCGCCUGGGAGACGAUGUCGUACGGGGAGCGAAUGGAAGUCAUGGAGCACCUGCUGAAAAGCCUCGGCGUGGCGCCUGAGCGUGUCGCGUCGGCGUUCGCAGCCGAAGCGAAAAGACUGGAGGGCAACGCGAACAAGAUCAACAUGACCAUGUCCCUCGGAAAUCUUGCCCCGCUUCUGCUCGAUGGCGUUGCCAGCUGCAUGAGCGAGGACGCCGUGUGCUUCGCCACCUACGUUGUGCAAACCCGCUUUCAGGAGAUGCAGCUGCUGAACCGCAUGUACCGCCGUGCGCUGCUGCGAUUUCCGCAGCACGCCACUCUCCUCGUGAACUACGCCACGCUGUGCAUGCACUCCGGCUACCACACCCUGGCGCGCAAGUACAUUGCAAAGGCGUACGCCGCCUCCUCUGGCGAUUUGAACUGCACCAUGUGCUACGCCCACUACCUGUGCCGCUCGUUUGACGACCGGCAAGUCGGAUGCGGUGAAUCCCUGUACGCUCGCUUUCUCGAGAGGUACCCGAACGCGGCCCAGGCGCACGCUGCGUUCGCCAACUACAUGGCGGGUGUCAUGCCUACCCCCUUCAAGACGGAGCUGCACUUCAAGGCGGCGCUGGAGCUGGCCCCGACGUCGGAGGACGUGGUGCUACAGUACGGCCAGUUUAUGUGGGCCUGCACUGAUAGCAAGACGGUCUACGCAAACGACGAGGUGCACCGGCGCGUGUUUGACCGGGUCGAGCAGCUCUUCAAGGAAGCCGUCGCCAUCAAUCCAAACAGCUUCACGGCGUGUCACCAGCUCGGCACAUUCUACGCGAACCGCCCAAACUGCUUCGAGGAUGCCAUGACGAUGCUGCAACGGGCGCACAAGCUACAGCCGGGCAACAUCGAGGUGGUGCGGCACAUCCUCGCUGUCUUGCACAGGGAGUGCGUGCGAAUACAGAAGGAGGAGCUAAGUCGCGGUAGCGCCGUGGCACUGCAAGGCCUCAGAGCACAGUCAUUCUCUGGCCGACUGCGCUCGCUGGUCGAUGCAACCAAGGACACGUUUGAGCACGUGCUGAGGAUGGACCCCAACGACAAGGCGACGUUGGAGGCCUACGCGCGCUUCGCUGUGGAGGUACUGCAGGACCCGAAGUUGGCCGCAGCCAUUUACCGGCGUAUCGAAGCGCUGAAUCGCAAGUAG